UCGGCGGAGAGGCCUGACCAGGCAGGGCUUGCUUGGGUUGGAUGUGCCGGCCAGGCUUUGUGGUUGAGGUUGGGUCUCAGCCACUGGGCCCGGGAAGAUGGUGCUAGGUGGUUGCCCGGUGAGUUACCUACUUCUGUGCGGCCAGGCGGCUUUGCUGCUGGGGAAUCUACUUCUGCUGCACUGUGUCUCUCGGAGCCAUUCGCACAACGCUACCGCCGAACCCGAGCUCACAUCCGCUGGCGCCGCCCACCCAGAGGGCUCCGCCGGCGCUCCGAGCUGGGAAUAUGGCGACCCCCACUCUCCAGUCAUCCUUUGCUCUUACCUACCUGAUGAAUUUAUAGAAUGUGACGACCCAGUGGAUCAUGUUGGAAAUGCAACUGCAUCCCAGGAACUCGGUUAUGGUUGUCUCAAGUUUGGUGGACAGGCCUACAGUGACGUGGAACACACUUCUGUCCAGUGCCGGGCCCUCGAUGGGAUUGAGUGUGCCAGUCCUAGGACCUUCCUACGGGAGAAUAAACCUUGUAUAAAAUACACGGGACACUACUUCAUAACCACUUUGCUCUAUUCCUUCUUCCUGGGAUGUUUCGGAGUGGACCGUUUCUGUCUGGGACACACUGGCACAGCAGUAGGAAAGCUGUUGACACUUGGAGGACUUGGGAUUUGGUGGUUUGUUGACCUUAUUUUGCUUAUUACUGGAGGGCUGAUGCCAAGUGAUGGCAGCAAUUGGUGCACUGUUUACUAAAAAGAGCUGUUGUCAUGGCCCAGAGAGGCAUGUCUUCCUACAGGCUUAAAACUCUUCCUUGAUAGCAGACCUGAUUAUUACUUUCCCUCCCUGGAGGGAAUCGGUUUGGUUAGGAAGGUUUCUUUGGACUCUGGGUUUUCAACCCAAAUUUUACCUUGCAGACUAGAAAUGACAAGCAAACAGUGUUUGGGAAUCAAGUGUGUACCUUUCCUCCAUACAAAAUAUAAAGGCUAGUGACUAAUAAGUUGCAGAGGGGUUUCCAUGCUGUAUUUCUAUGCAUUGCUGUAUCUUCAAUACUUUGGAGCAAGUGGACCCAACAAGAUGAGCAAAGUGAAUAUUUUUAGCCUUGUGCCUUUUGUGACCCUGAAUCUUCAUGCAGAGGAGAUCUGAAGCUAAACCAAUGAAAAUCUUCAGCAGAAGUAAAAUGGCCAUGGAUUUUAAUACAAACUGAAAUUCUGACUUUCUGAAUUUAAAUUGUGGAAUAAAUUUUGCCAGCCUGGAAUGCUGUUUGGUAUUUUCAAUAAGUAGAGUGAGACUCAAAAUUCUGUAUGUUUUGCUAAAAGCUAGGCAUUUGAAAUGAACCACUCUACUAAUAAACCCUAUUGUUACAUCAUUAUUAUGCUCCAGAGGCAGUAUAUGCAGUACAAUAAUUUCUUCAUUUCAAUUAUAAUUUGAAAGCCCAACAAUAAUCAGGUCUGUCUGGGUUAAGCUAUCCUCUUGGCUAUCCUAUCUAAAAAUUAAUUAUUUAUGAGUUCAGAGAGCCUAUGUUGUAGGCUGGUAAAAAAGAUCUCCUACAACUAACUAUAAAACUAUUCACAAUUAUGUUAGGUAAGUUGUAAAGCCUCGUACCUUUGGGGGGAAAAAAAAAGCAAAAUAGAUUCUUACUUAAAGGACAGAAUUACUGAGUAUUGGGUGGAGUCAGGAUGUGAUUUAUGGGGGCAAAAAGAACACAUUCGUUCAAAAUAAACAUGGUACCAGAAGCUCUCGCUGUGGACUACCAGAGUCCAUUGUCGGGAAAAAGAGACAGCCAAGCUUUUGCAUUCCCAAAUCACUGGGAAUAAAAGGAAAUGUUCUGAAUUAUAAGUUCGGAGAAACUUAGUUCCCAUCCUUUGCAAUUUAAGUUGAAAAGAACUUUUAAAUAUGAAGUAAAAGGAGGACUUUUCAGACAAGUCGAACUAAGAGCCCGAUAUUUGGGAUAAAUUCUAGAAACAAUCAAGGUAGAACUACUCAAAUGUUACUCUCCUAAUAGUUGACUUAAAGAACCAAGAAUCACAGUUAAAUUGAUACUGGAUAUGCUCUAUCAUUAUGAAGCAGCUUUUCUAAAAGUUUCAGCUUUAUUAUCCCUGAUUAUUACGAUUACUGUUCUUAUAUUAUUAAAUGGUGAAUGUGUAAAAAUUAAAACAAAUUAUUCUGUCUUGAAAAUUCUGUACCACAUUGAACUUAACCUUGUUUGUAACAGUAAUAAUUGGUAGAUUCUUAUUUAUAAUGUCCGUACUAUAAGUAUAUAGUAUUUUUUAAAUUGUUGGAGAUCGUAAAGAAACCGGACCCCCUCCCCAGGAAAAAAUGCACAUAAACAAAAUUUUGCAUAGAAUUUAAGGAGAUGCCAUAUUUAAAAAAAAAAAAAAUCCUAACUU